UGCGAAUGUAUCACACGCAAUCACACACGUCAUACACUAUACGCAACACACACAAUAAUUCUCUGCUCGCGCUCUCGCGUGUCGCACCAAAAAAAUUUUUCUCGGCUAUACACAAUAGCGGCGUCCGGUGGUCCAAGACAGUCCGAGAGAAAAUAAAAAGAGCGAGCAACGAGAGUACAUAGUAGCUGUCUAUAACCUGUGAACAGCAAGCACACGCGACACGAAUAGUAUCAUGGCAACGGCAGAAUCAUUGGCCGAAGUGACCGAUGUUGUACAGAUAUUGCGACAGUGGGAGGAAGAUCAUGUCGCUCCUACCUAUGAUCCCACACCAACUUUACAAAGACUGGCCGAAAUAAUAGAAUCCGAGACCGAGAACUACCUCAAAAUGGAUCCGGAUCCCUUUGACGAAAGGCAUCCCUCCAGGACCGAUCCGGAGUGCAACUUUGGACAUAUACUCAAAGUAUUGUUUCGGAAAGAUAACUUUAUGACUAAGCUCAUAAACGAUUACCUUCGAGAUACGUUUUGGACGAGAGCCGGAAUUAACGGAAGGGACGUUAGAAAAUUGAACAUAGCAGCCUGCCGUUUGAUGCUGGACAUCCUGCCGGGGCUGGAUACUUCGGCUGUGUUUCAACCGGAUAUGGACGGCCUCAUUCACAGAUUGUUUUCGUGGGCAGAAAAAAGCGUCGAACCCUUGCAGAGUUAUGCAACAGGUCUUUUGGCCGCAGCGAUGGAGGUGCAAGACAUCGCAACGGGAUUUCGAGAACAAAAUGGAAAAAUGGUACCUCUGAUGCUUCAGAGGUUGCAUAAACUGCAAGGCAAGGCUCAAGAGGACAGACAAUCUACCGGCGGCGCGAGUAUACGGCCCUUCGCUCAUUUCGGCCAGAAUCGCAACAGCCUUGGAGGUGGUGAUGGCAGCGAGACAGAACGAGACAAAGGAGGAGGAGGAGGAGGAGGAGGAGGAGGCGUUCUUUCAGGCAAGCGGAAAGCCAGAGAGAAAAAGCGAGAAAACGGUGUGAGUAGAAGCCCUGCACGAACAACAUCUUUUUGCUCGGAUGACGAGGGUCUUCUGAGUCCGGACGAGACGCCUCCGAUAAAAAAAGUAAAAAGCGACGUCGAACCUCCGGAAGCAAUGUCGAUAAUAGCAACGACGCCCGUAAAGAAUCUCGACAAUUGUUAUCCCGAGAUGAUGUCUCCACCUACGGCGAUACCAAAAACACCGGUCAACUCGUCGACAAACUCUCAGUCAACGACCCCCAACAGCCGAGCAACACCACCACCGAGAGCCCUCGUCACACCGAUAAAAUUGAACCUAACGAUGAGAGGAUCGCAGAGCGGGGUCCCCGGAAGCGGCGGUGUAACGACCGGAGGAACGAUGGGCAGUGGUAUCACAUCGUGUUCGAGCCUCCUCGAGGGUAAUUCGAAUUCCUCGUGGGCUGAGCUCGAAACAUACGUAAUCGGUAAUGUCCAAAUUCACCCGCCGACACCGGCAACCAGACAAAUACUCAUUCUUCGUUAUCUCACGCCAAUGGGGGAAUAUCAAGAAUUUCUUGGGCACGUUUUCGAACAAAACGCCCUCGAGCUCAUACUCAAAUAUACGAACGUUCGAGAAACCAAGGACAGUCGCUUGGCUUUCGAGGCUCUCAAGUAUCUCGCAUCGUUGUUGUGCCACAAAAAAUUUUCCAUCGAGUUUCUCAACGUAGGAGGAUUGCAAAAAUUACUCGAUGUGCCAAGACCAAGCGUAGCAGCGACCGGAGUCUCCAUAUGCCUUUAUUAUUUAGCUUACUGCGAAGACGCGAUGGAACGCGUUUGCCUCUUGCCAAAACACAUUAUAAGCGAUCUCGUGAAGUACGCCCUUUGGCUUUUGGAGCGGAGUCACGAUUCGGGAAGAUGUCACGCCACCAUGUUUUUCGGUUUUUCGUUUCCUUUCAAGGUCAUACUCGAGGAAUUCGACUCGCAGGAUGGACUGAGAAAGCUUUUCAACGUCAUAUCGACUCUGCCGAUAUUGAAUAUCGAGGAGGAGCCGGCGUUGAACGACGACGAGGAAUGCGCGUCCCGACAAAUCGUGAGACACGUCGCGGUUGCCCUCAAACGUUACAUGGAGGCGCAUCUAUAUUUGAAAGCGGAGCAACUUCAGAGGAUGGAAAUGGCGAGGACGGAGCGCGAUACGUGGCAGCCCUCCCUGCCACCUUACAAAGCGUGCAAGCUGAGCAGCGACGAGGUCCAACAAAAGGUCGAAACGCUGCAAGAGCUGAUGUCGGUCAGAGCAACGUGGCCACCGGUCGACGAGCUCUAUCGACUCGGCGGGAUCACUCUCUUGUUGCAGAUCAUUGCUUUUGCCCGGGAGUGGAACUACAGCGGUCGGGUUCACACGACCUCGAUCGCCGAAACGGUUAGAUCCUGUUUGGACGUAAUAGCCGUUUGUUCGGUAGUUCCUAAAGUGAUGCUGCUCCUGUGCGAUCGCGUCGAUAUGCCGGACAUGUCGAUGACGAUGGCGAUAAAUCUGCUUCUCGCUUCGGCCGAGUGCGAAAUAAUAGCCGACGCGGACGUCCAGAGAGCGGCUCUCCGAGCUCUCGUCAACUGCGUAUGCGCCCCGAUCAAUCGGGUCGGCGGUAACGUCGCGAGGUUCUCCGUAACCGGAUCCGCCAAGAAAAAGACAAACAUCCACAACAGCGAGGAGCUCAUACAGAGAGUUUGGGAAGGCGUUCGCUCCAACAACGGUAUAAUGGUACUUUUACAGCUGAUGAUGGUGAAGACGCCGAUCACGGACGCGGACAGUAUACGAGCUCUGGCCUGUCGCGCCCUCGCCGGUCUCGCGCGAAGUGAAAAAGUCCGACAGAUCAUCAGCAAAUUACCAAUGUUCACCGACGGUCAGAUACAGUCGCUGAUGAAGGAUCCGAUAUUGCAGGAGAAGCGCCAGGAGCACGUUACCUUUCAAAAAUACGCCCUCGAGCUGAUGGAGCGAGUUUCCGGAAAGGCAAAACCCACCGGAGCCGAGUACGAGAUAUCGCUCGUGAGCUUACACCGGGCGAACGUUGUCGCCCAAACGAGAAUACAGUACAACGAGCAGCAGCUCAAUCAGUUGAUUUAUCAGCAUCUCGUGUCCAAGGGGAUGAACGAAACGGCGACGAGUCUUCAGAAAGAAGCGAAUUUGGACUCGCACGCGAUCAUGAAACCCGUAACGUCCUAUCAGCCGUUCACCUACAGAAGCCCGGCGACUCCCUCGCGACUCGUAUUUUCACCUGGUGCACCGGUCAAUUUGUACAACACCGGUAGAUGCGGCUCGCGCGAGAGCUCCGUCAGGAGCAGCGUCGUCGGCGGCAGCGGCGGCGGCGGCGGUGUCGGCAGCAACGGCGGUGGCAGCGGGAGCGUCGGUUCUUGCACACCCACUUCGAGUACACCGAGAUUCGUGAGCCACACGGUCGGCUGUACGAACAGUCCCACCGCUCAGUCCUCCGUGAGGAUGAAACUCGUCGACAGCAUGAGUUCGAGUCCGGGCGUCAGCACCCACGGCCAGCAACAGCCGAUCAAGCUUCAAAUCAAUCAAAAGAAACACAGUCAAGGAGAAAGAGGGAACUCGGGGGCGACCGGUAGCAGCCUCAACGGUUCCAGCGGUGUCUCCUCCUCCCAAACUAUCUCCGGAAGCAGCAUCUCGGGCAUUUUGUCCAGUUCCUCCGGCAUCAGUUGUACAUCAUCGAGUUGCAGGUCCCUCCAAAAACAAAUAUCCCGAGAUCCAGGAGGGAGCGUCGGCGGUGGGGGCGGCGGCGGAGGUCCCGGCGCGGGAGGCGGUCCCGGUUCCGGCGUAGCGAGCAGCAACGUUUCCUCGAUAACCCUCGACUCGAUAAUCACCGAGUAUCUGACGAACCAACACGCCCUUUGCAAAAAUCCAAUGGUCACGUGUCCCCAGUUCAAUCUACUCGAGCCGCACAAGUGUCCGGAUCCUCGUCCGAAAAACGCCUCGGCGACCAACGUAACCGUCCGCGUUACCAGAAGACCCUUGGGCAUGGACAGUCAGAGACUCGACCGUAGGCACAUUUACAGUAGAUUCUGUCCCGUCAAAUCGUUUCGAACGACCGACGUCGAGGGCACCUUCACCUGUUGCACCUUCUCCCCGUGCCAGCAAUACCUCAUCCUCGGGACUUACGCCGGUGACAUUAAAAUGUUCAAUGCCCACACCGGCACCGAGGAAGCAACUUACCACUGUCACGAGUCCUAUCUCUACCACAUGGAGUGCAACAAACGUGGCAAUCUUUUGUUAACCUCGACCGCCUGGAUAAGCCCGAUGUCAGCACUGUGGAGCAUCGGAACCUUCUUCGACAUGAAAUUGCCCUUCGAGUACGAGGAUUACGUCGAAUUCGGAAAAUUGCAGGACAGAAUAAUCGGGACCCAGGGCGAGAGCGCGACGAUAUACGACAUCGCCACGGGUAAACUCCUGAUGACCCUGACCCCAUCGAUAUCCAACGAGUACACGAAAAACCGGGCGACCUUCAGUAUGAACGACGAACUCGUUCUCAGCGACGGCAUCCUCUGGGACGUUAAUUCCGGCAAGGAGAUUCACAAGUUUGACAAACUCAAUCAAACGCUCAACGGCGUAUUUCAUCCAAACGGCACCGAGGUCGUGUCCAACACCGAAGUCUGGGACCUUAGAACUUUUCAUCUACUGAAAACCGUUCCUACCCUCGAUCAGAUGGACGUUAUUUUCUCACCGGUCAAUCACAUUAUAUACGCGGUUUCCCUCGAUCAGGAGGGCAAAGAUGAGUCCCAUUACGUCACGUCUUUCAAGACCCUCGACGCCCUGGACUACAGCAGCAUCGCUACGUACGACGUCAAAAGAGGAAUAUACGGUCUGGCGUGCAACAAGUUUGACACUCAAAUAGCCAUUGUCGAGAAUCAGGGCGAAUUCGACAGCGGUCAAGAGUCGUGUGUCAGGCUGUACGACGUUGGCAGAAGGCGGGACGACGAAGACGAGGCCGAAGAGGACGAGGAUGAGGAAGAUCUCGACGCGAGCGACGACGACGGCUCCAACUCUGCGUCCGACGAUAAUAAUGCCGAUGAUGCGGAUAACGCGGAAGCCGCUGGCGGAGAGAACGGCGCCGACGAGGCUGGAAACGAGGGAGAGGAUAACGAUGAUGAGGACGAUGACGAGGAGGAUGAGGAGGAUGACGACGACGACGACGACGAGGACAGCGGGGACGGUGACGAUUCCGCCAACGACAGCGUCGAUUACGAUCCAAACUCCCCCGACGAUUUUUCACUCUCGGACAUCGACGACUUUGAGAUCAUGUUCUCCUGAAUGCCUCCGUCGUUUCUUCCAUCGCUGGACGUUUCUGCUACUUGAUCUUUUUCGUCUCUCUCAAAAGAGCGACGAUUCCGCGAUCGUUGGCUCGAUCAGCAAUCCCACGCGUCUCUCCGCGUAUCCAACGAAAUUCUAUUCGCCCUCGUUAAUCCUAUAAUGGUCGUCUCGAUCUUAUCUUUUCUCUCCCGCUACGGCGAAAUGUUUCUCAAAUCCAUGAACGAAGAUCAUACAAGAAAGUGGAAGUUGAGAACAUUUUUUUAGAAUCCUAUGAAUCGUAAUUUUAAAAACAAUAUAACAAUAAAUUUCAUCAACUCUCUUCCCCCCUCACAUUCGAGUUGCUUGGAAAUUACACAUUUUUCCGGAAAAAAAAAAAAAAAAAACCACCAA